AUGAUCAAGAAGAAUCUGAAGGUGUGGGAAGAUUGCUUGCCACAUGUUGAGUUUGCAUACAAUCGAGCCAUCCACUCUACCACACAAAUGUGCCCAUUUGAGGUGGUGUACGGUUUGAAACUGAUCACACCACUUGAUUUGCUGCCACUUCCACUCCAAGAGUGCACAAAUAUGGAGGCUUCUAAGAGAGUUGAGUAUGUGAAGAGCAUCCACAUGAAGACCAAACAAGAUAUUGAGAAGAAAUCCAAGCACUAUGCUGCCAAGGCAAACAAGAACCGAGAUGAUUAUGCAGUGAGCAACACAUUCAACGUUGCUGAUUUAUCUCCAUUCUUUGGAGAAGAAUCAGAGUCGAGGUCGACUCUUUUUGACGAAGGGGAGGAUGAUGAGGACAUCCCAAGUGAUGAACAAGAUAACCCACAUGAUGGACAAGAUGACGAUGUCUACAAGGGAUCGUUGACUCGAGCAAGAGCACAACUACUACAAGAUGAGGUUCCAAGAGGAGGCCAUGGGAAAUCUGUCCCUGUGAUGGCACCAGAUUUUGCAACAGAAGUUCAAGGCAAGAACUGUACCAAUUCCAAAGGUUUCACCAUGAGUAUCCUAUACCGUUGGAAGCAUCUUGAAGUCUAA